UAUACCCAAAAAUUGAUAUUUGGACACUCCCAGAAUGUCUUUGUCAAAAUUGGAACUAAGCGUAAAAUGACAGGAAGAUAAUACAAGUUUGGGGAAUUCUGGAGAAUGUAAUGGCAAUCAAAGUCGCCCAUCGGACGUGGAUACUACUUUUGGCGAGAACAAAACGACAGGGAUUCUUGGUGUUCUUCUAAACGCUGUAAAGAAGUUAAGGAAAACCAGCAGUACCCUAUCUUACAAGGUAGCUCUUCUGUUAUUAUCAUUUCUUUUGAAUCUGAAGUUCCAAACAAUAGAAAUAUUGAAGUUUCAGACGCUGCAAUACCCAAUGAGGAUUUUGGGGUGGCCGAGGAGGUGGUCCUUAUCAAGCCCCCUGAAUCCUCAUGAAAAUCAUGGCGUGGAAUUUUUGGGGAUUGGGUCAUCCCCGUGCAAUCAAGGCCUUACGGUCCUUGUUGAUGGAAACCAAAGGUUAUACGACGAAAAUGAAGAGGAUUUGGAGAAGAUUGGGUUUCUUUGAUGUUAUUAUUGUUGAUUCGGUAACCGCGGGUGGUUUAUGCUUGUAUUGGAAGGCUGGUAUUAAUCUAAAUUUCGUGUCUUCUUGUCUAAAUUCAAUUGUUGUGAGAUUUUCUGAGGUGUUACAUGGCCCUAACUGGUUAGGAUAUUUUGUCUACAUCCCUCCCGUGAGGAGUGACUGUGCUAAUUUCUGGGAGAAUCUGUCGCUGGAAACCGGGGGUAUGGCGAAGCCUUGGGUUCUUAUUGGUGAUCUUAAUAUGGUCCUUGACCAAGGGGAAAAGUUUGGUGGUAAGUCUGUGACUCCAAGAGUGUACCAAGCUCUCAAGGACAUCCUUUUGAUCACCGGGGGUAUUGACAUGGGAAGUAUUGGCUCGUUUUUUACUUGGACAAAUGGUUGUGCCAAUCCAUGGGAGAGUUGGAUUCUUUUUUUGGAAACUCGUCUGCUACCCUUUUGGUCAAAGGCUGCAAAGUAUAUUCCGAGUGUCCAUGACACUGCUCUCUCUAUAAUGCUAAUGAGAGGACUAUUCAACACCUGUUUUUCCACUCCUCUUUUGCUAGACAACUUUGGUUCAGCAGUCAUUGGGUCAUUAGAGGUGACACUCUUGUUUUCCCCACAAGUAUGGAAGUGGUUGAUUGGAUCCUUCAUCCUCGGUUCCUCUCCUCUACAGAUCCCCAAGGUCUGAUUUGUUUCAUUCAAUAUGCUUGUUAUCUUUGCUAGAAACAAAUCGCAUAACGAAGGUGCCAAGUGGACAGCAGGAGCUAUCACCAAUAUGAUCAAAGUUGGUCUCUCCGACUUCAACAUGUGCAUCCUUAAAGAGAACCCAAAGCCAGUUCAAGUGGAUCAGGUGUGUACUAGAAGUCAGCUGCCCACCAAGUUGGUUUACGUGGAUGUUGUUGUACGUGGCCUCCUCGCUUUCUGUGGAGUCAUUUGUUGUAAGGAAGAUGGAUCGUUGGCCUACAGGAACAAUGUUCAGUUCUUCUCCGACUGUAAAAGGCUUGUGGAGCUAUCAAGUUGUUCUCCGACCAAGGCAGGAACAAUGUUCAGUUCUUCUCCGACUGUAAAAGGCUUGUCGAUGCUAUAGACAAUUUUUCUUGAAGUGUUUUCUGUUAUAGAUAGUUUUGUUGGUUUCUCUUUGUUUUGGAUUCCUAGAAUGGACAAUGGUGCUGCUCAUAGGUGUGCCGAGCCUUUGGCUUACCACAAUAGAGUGGACAUUUUAAUCUUUGGGGAGGUAGACUCUUCAGUGUCUACCACUCUUUCUGUUUGUUAGUUUUAAUGUUGCCUCU